AUGCACAAACCAUUAUCACUAAUCUCUUUGCUAUCCUUGCUUUUCUACUUGAAUUACGUAUUGGCAAUUCCAAUUGAUAAUGGUGUCGAAGGUGAGCCAGAAAUAGAAUGUGGUGCUGCUACUCUAACAGUCAAUUUCAAUACUAGAAAUAACUUUGAGGGUCACGUAUACGUGAAAGGACUUUACGACCACGAAGAAUGUCGUUCAGAUAGCAGUGGAAGGCAGGUUGCUGGAAUUGAAUUACCGCUUGACUCGUGUAAUGUUGAACGAUCACGGUCCUUAAAUCCCCGAGGUGUCUUUGUGACAGCUGUAGUUGUUAUUACAUUUCACCCGAAAUUCAUUACUAAAAUAGAUCGAGCAUAUCGUAUACAAUGUUUUUAUAUGGAAGCUGAUAAAACUGUUAGCACACAGAUUGAAGUGUCCGAAAUGACGACAGCAUUUCAGACACAAGUGGUACCAAUGCCUGUGUGCAGAUAUGAGAUUCUGGAAGGUGGUCCAUCUGGCACACCUGUUCGAUAUGCAAUGAUCGGAGAUCAGGUGUAUCACAAGUGGACUUGUGAUUCGGAAACUACAGAUACAUUCUGUGCACUAGUACAUUCCUGUGUUGUGGAUGACGGAAAAGGUGAUACGGUACAAAUCCUGAAUGAAGAUGGUUGUGCUCUGGAUAAGUAUUUACUCAACAAUUUGGAAUAUCCUACAGAUUUAAUGGCUGGCCAAGAGGCUCAUGUUUAUAAAUAUGCUGAUCGAUCAGAACUUUAUUACCAAUGUCAAAUUAGUAUAACAAUCAAAGAACCAAAUAGCGAAUGUCCACGUCCGCAAUGCUCAGAACCACAAGGAUUCGGUGCUGUCAAAUCUGCUUCUGCACCAGCACCAGAAGCUUCUCCGCUUUCUCCUCGAUUGCUUAAGAAACGAUCCGUUAAUUAUGAUAACACGCUAGAUGUUAGCGUUGGUUUUAGCGCAAUUGAUAUAAGCGAAGAGGAUUCUAAUUUAUCAGCUAAACGUUUAUUGCCAGCUACGACCGGUCGAUCAAUUAGUCCAUUGCAUUAUCAGUCCAAUGGUACUAUCUGUAUUACAUCACAUGAUAUCUUACUUAUCACCUUGUUUAGUGCUAUACUAGCUGUUGCCUGCAUACUUUUCAUUGCUUUUAUCACUUACUUUAAUAAUAAUAAUAAUUCUAAAUCAUAA